GUCUUCUCUUGUUAACAGUAACGGUUGGCGAUUGCUGGUCCACUAAUUCCGCGGGCGAUGACGUCUCCAUAAAAAAAAAGUUCCAAUGGAUCGCGCAACCCAAGAAUUUUUAGCUUAACCUCAUCAGAAACGAAUGGAAUACCCUCAAUUCACCUUAUUGACUUGAUAUUUUACCACUUGCGUGGGUACUGAAUGAGACGACGAUUAACGAAGCCACGAAAAUGUCAGACGCCAAAGAACAGGCGCAAGCCGCAUGUCCCGUCGACCACAAAAGCAGAGAGGCAUGGUUAUCACAAGCAAGAGCCGCGAAUGGCGAAAUAUCACCACAAUCGCAAUCAUUACCGCCGUCGCAUCCUCCAAUACCAAGCGCCGCAACAAAAGAUUCCGCCGAAAGCUGUCCUGUAGACCAUAAAGCGCGCGAAGCGUGGUUACAACAAGCCUCCCGCUCAGCACCCGUACCCUCCCCACCAACCUCACAACAACCUCCAGCUUCAACCUCGACUUCAUCAUGGACAUCCUACAUCCCACGAAUACCCUUCUUCGCCUCUCCACCACCAACCACGACACAAUCCCAAAAUCCCCGACCGCCCCUCUCCUCCCUCGGCACAGACCGAGAAAUCUCCACAAUCCCACGAACCUCCAAACCCGCCGACGAGACCCUCCCAACCGCCACCCCACACAUCCCCGCGAACACCGAACAAGAAACCGGCGCAGACGAAGUAUCCGGGAACUGGAUAUACCCCUCUGAAAAGAUGUUCUUCGAAGCGAUGAAGCGCAAAGGCCACGAUCCGCGCGCAGUGGACAUGCGCACCGUCGUGCCGAUCCAUAAUGCCGUGAAUGAGCGCGCUUGGGCGGAGAUUAAGGCUUGGGAGGAGCCUUGGGUUAGGGGGUCUAUUUGCGACGGCCCACGCCUCCAUUCCUUCUCCGGUCUAAGCACACAUAUGUCGCCUCGAGCCCGCUUCAAUACUUUGCUAGGCUACCAGGCACCUUUCGACCGACACGACUGGGUCGUAGACCGGUGCGGCAAGGAGAUUGAAUACGUUAUCGACUUCUACGCAGGGCGAAAUGGUGGCACAGCUGUUGGUGCUAACGGGAAGCUGUCUUUUUACCUCGACGUAAGACCGAAGUUGAAUACUUGGGAGGGGGUAAAAAUGAGGGCUAUGCGAGCCACUGGCUUGAUAUAAAUUAGAUCAACAGAGAUCGCCUAGAGGUGGGUGCCAACCACUUAUAUAAAUAUCAGUGUAUUAUAAGGGCAUACAAAUUCAUGUCCAGUACAUAUCGUAGCACGGCGCAUGGUUGGGUAUAGAGGG